CGAACCAAACAACAACAACCCUCCCACCACACAAAAUGUCCCGCGACUCAACCCACACCUACAUCCACCACCACGCCUCCCACCACGCCGACUUGCUUGAAGACUACACCCGCCACAAACUGCCUCUCGAAGAAAUCUACGUCCCACCGCGACACCAGCCUCUCAACCCCGAAGAUGAAGACGACGUGGUUCCCGACCAACACGCGGCGUUUGGGAUCCAGCGCGCACAGCAGAAGGGACGGGAGCCGGCUUGGAAGGAUUUGGGGUUGGGAGGACUGUUGAGUGGGGGAGGAGCGCAGGGAGGGAAGAAGAGUGGAGGAGGGACGACGGGUGGGAGUAGGAUCGUGAGAUGAGGAGGAGUGGGUUGGAGCGGAUGGAUUGAUGCGGCAUGAAGGAGCGAUGAUUGAUGGGUCUUUUGGCCCGCUACUGUUUGGAGUUCUGGUGUUGGAUUAUACCCUUGCUUGGUGGUUUGGUUGUUUACAGUCUUGGAUGUCGGCCUAUUCUGAUGGAAAGAGCAUGAUGUUUACUGCAACUUUUCUGGAAAUGACGAGAAAUUGGAAAAGU